AUGGAAGGGGAGUGGGCCCCUGUGCAGGGAUUCCUCCUCUAUCUCACUGUCAGCCUUCUGCUUCAAGGAAGAGGUAACACUUUCAUCAUCAAUUGCUCAAGGUUUGACCAGUAUGGGGUGGAUCCUGCUGUCUUCCAAGCAGUGUUUGACAGAAAGGCCUUUCGUCCAUUCAUCAACUACAGCAUCCCCACUCAUGUCAACAUCUCCUUCACCCUAUCUGCUAUCCUGGAAGUGGAUGCACAGCUCCAGCUUCUGACAUCAUUCCUGUGGAUUAGUUUGAUGUGGGACAAUCCUUUCAUCAGGUGGAACCCAGAGGAGUGUGUCAACAUCAAUAAACUCACUGUAUCCGCAGAAAACCUGUGGCUCCCGGACAUCUUCAUCAUGGAAUCCAUGGAUGUAGAUCGGGCACCUCCAGAGCUCGCCGCAUAUGUCAGCAGUGAAGGUCGAAUAAAGUACAAUAGGCCAUUGAAGGUGACCAGCAUCUGUAACCUGGACAUCUUCUACUUCCCUUUUGACCAACAGAACUGCACCUUCACCUUCACUUCCUUCCUCUACACAGUGGACAGCAUGCUUCUGGGCAUGGACAAGGAAGUGUGGGAGAUAACAGACACGUCUCGUAACAUCAUUCAGACCCAGGGAGAGUGGGAGCUCGUGGGCAUCAACAAGGCCACCCAAAAGAUGUUGGUGGGCAGCAGUGUAUAUGACCAGAUCAUGUUCUAUGUGGCCAUCAGGCGCAGACCCAGACUCUAUGUCAUAAACCUUUUGGUGCCCAGUGGCUUUCUGGUUGCCAUCGAUGCCCUCAGCUUCUACCUACCUGCAGAAAGCGAGACUCGUGCUCCAUUCAAGAUAACCCUUCUGCUGGGCUACAACGUCUUCCUGCUCAUGAUGAAUGACUUACUACCUGCCAGUGGCACCCCCCUCAUCAGUGUCUACUUUGCUCUGUGCCUGUCCCUGAUGGUGCUCAGCCUGCUGGAGACCAUCUUCAUUACCUACUUGCUGCACCUGGCCACCACCCAGCCACCACCUAUGCCCCAGUGGCUCCAUUCCCUGCUUCUGCACUGCACCAGCCCAAGGAAAUGCUGUCCCACUGCACCCCAGAAGGGAAACAAGGGCCUGGGACUCACCCCCACCCAGCUACCUGGUCUGAAGGAGCCUGUGGAGUUGGUGGGGAAGGUGCCGGGUCCCCGAGAGGCAGAGUUAAAUGGGUGUCCUGGGUCAACAAGGGGCCAGCAAGAAGAUGAGGCUCAGAAGCAGCAUUUGGUCAGCCUGUGGUUGCAGUUCAGUCACAUGAUGGACACCCUGCUAUUCCGCCUCUACCUGCUCUUCAUGGCCACCUCCAUCAUCACAGUCAUCAUCCUCUGGAACACCUAG